CCUGUGUGUGGUUGGUUUACACCUUUCUAACACUACUGGGAUAUUCCAUCAGCUGAAACUCAAGCAAACUAGACAACAGAAGAUGGCUUGGGAAGGAGGAAUUGAGCCCAAUGGCACUGAAGGCAAGAACUUCUACAUUCCCAUGUCCAACAGGACUGGGAUUGUUAGAAGUCCUUUUGAGUACACUCAGUAUUACCUGGCAGACCCGAUCUUUUUCAAGCUCCUGGCUUUCUACAUGUUCUUCCUGAUCUGCACUGGGACUCCCAUCAACGGCCUGACAUUGUUUGUAACUGCUCAGAACAAGAAGCUCCGGCAACCUCUCAACUAUAUCCUGGUCAACCUGGCUGUGGCUGGACUCAUCAUGUGCUGCUUUGGAUUCACCAUCACCAUCACAUCAGCUUUUAGUGGCUACUUCAUUCUUGGAUCCACCUUCUGUGCAAUUGAGGGAUUCAUGGCCACACUAGGAGGUGAAGUUGCUCUCUGGUCACUUGUUGUCCUGGCUAUUGAGAGAUACAUUGUGGUCUGCAAACCCAUGGGAAGCUUCAAGUUCUCUGGAGCUCAUGCUGGUGCUGGAGUACUCUUCACAUGGAUCAUGGCAAUGGCUUGUGCUGCACCUCCACUCUUUGGAUGGUCCAGGUACAUUCCUGAGGGAAUGCAGUGUUCCUGUGGUCCUGACUACUACACACUGGCUCCAGGUUUCAAUAAUGAGUCAUAUGUCAUGUACAUGUUUGUUGUUCACUUCUUCGUUCCUGUCUUCGUCAUUUUCUUCACUUAUGGAAGCCUUGUGAUGACAGUCAAAGCUGCAGCAGCACAGCAGCAGGACUCAGCUUCUACCCAGAAAGCUGAGAAGGAAGUGACCCGUAUGUGUGUCUUGAUGGUCAUGGGCUUCCUAAUAGCUUGGACACCGUAUGCUAGCUUUGCUGGUUGGAUUUUCAUGAACAAGGGAGCUUCUUUCAGUGCCCUCACUGCAGCCAUCCCUGCUUUCUUUGCAAAAAGCUCAGCCUUGUACAACCCUGUUAUCUACGUGCUAAUGAACAAACAGUUCCGUAACUGCAUGCUAUCCACCAUUGGAAUGGGCGGCAUGGUGGAGGAUGAGACUUCAGUUUCAACAAGCAAGACAGAGGUGUCCUCUGUGUCUUAAUCCUGAUGGCAUCUUCAGAUAUAAGGACACUGAUGAUCGCUCGCAAAUUUUCAAAAUUCCCAUUAGAGAAAUCUUUUGCCAAAUGGAUUUAAGAAGCGGACUUUGGACAAAAACACUAAGGAAUUCUAUCUUAUCUUAUCUCUGAACUAACAAAAAAUGCAUUUUCUGUUGAGGUGAUCUUGUACAGCAGUUGUGCGUCUGUGUGCAUGUGAGAGCAUUUGAGUGAGUGAGUCGAUGUGUAGGAACUCAGAUCCUCAAAAUGUCAAAAGAAAAACUGUAAAACUGCUGAAAUGUGACACUUUUACCUGAUGAAUGUGCAAUCACAUGCUGAUUGUUUUCAUGUAAUUUUAUGGUUGGGGAUGUGUGUGGGGGGCAUACUGUAUACUUAACUGGUCUACCAGUGGUGUUAUUUUUAUGUAUAAAAAAAUAAAAUAUAGACUUGAGUAGAAAAUAAAUGCAUGCAUGAAAAGAAA